AUGAACAUAGCCUCACCAAUGCCAUUAUCUUACGAGCUCUUCAAGCCUAACAUUAUUCUUGUGGCAGCCAUUCUCCUCACUAUUCUAGCUUUGCAUUUCCCCCCUAAGCUUCGCCCCUUUUUUCUUCCUCCAGCAUGGCUUCUCGCAGCUUGGUCAUUUACCUCUGUUCAAGGCAGCACAACCUCUGGAGGGUUAAUCGGACUCGAAUCCUACACUGCAAUAACAUGCAUCAUCCAUAUGCUAAUUCUUCCUCGGAUCUUAUACUUCGAAAGUCAUUCAUUGUUAUCUAAGACCACGGAGACCGGCAAUCCCACAUAUUCAAAUAACUUUGCUCUGCCACCCAGUAGGCCUAGCCUAUCGGCUGCGUGCUGGAUAUGGAAUAAUCCUCGGCACUUGUCUCGCCAACGACUAGGACCUGGUACAGCACCCUGGCCGAAACUGCUUAAAUUCGCACUCUUCCGCAUUUGCAAGAUCGGAAUCAUCGUCCUUAUUGACAGAGCCUUCGUUCAAAAAGCUAGUGAAUAUAUCAACGCUACUAGUACUAUACUCGAUUUUACCCCGGAUCAAGAGCCGAUUCUACGGCGCCUCUUUGUGGGGGAUGAAGAUGACCCAGUCUCGGGGCACCAACUGCUUCUAAGAGCAUUUGUGUGCGUCUCUUGGAUAUGGACGAACAUACUAAUACUCGAGUCGUGCCACGCUAUACUGUCCUUGCUGUUCGUUGUGACAUUACGAUUUGACGACCCUGAGGAUUGGCCGCCACUCUUUGGUAAUCCGACAGAGGCAUGGACAGUAAGGCAGUUCUGGGGCAGAUUCUGGCAUCGCAUCGCGUCGCCGACCUUCUAUAUAUACGCUAAAAUCUUCUCGCAACGUAUCUUGAAGCUGAAACCAAGUUCGGCUGUUGAUAAGGCAAUAGUUUCGUUUGGAAUAUUCUUCCUAUCCGGGCUUAUACAUGCUAUAACGGCUUGGAAAGUUGGCCAGGGCGAAGCUCGUCGCGAUUUGCUCUUUUUCUGCUCCAAUUAUCUUGCUGUAGGGGGCGAGAUAUUCCUCUCGACCCUUCUUAGGAACUUAGUGCGCAAAACAAAAUUUGAAGAACUACUAAGGGACCUGAGAAUGCGAGUCGCCGGGAAAGCUUUAGGAUUCAUAUGGGUUUUCGCCUGGUUCUUUUGGUCAGCGCCUAAGUGGCUCUAUCCUAAGACUCUUCGUUGGUCUUUGAAGCAGGCAAUUCUACGCUCACGAACAUAAAUAGGCUAUAAUACAUAUAAAUCCUUCAUACUCUUAUCCCAGUGGAUGUAUCUCUACCCAAAAGAACACAACGUUACAUUCCUAUGAUU